AGGAGAUCGAUGAGAGAUGGAAACUUAUGCUGACCAAUUCGUUCUUCAGAACUCUCAGUCACCUGGCUGACCUCUGUGAAUUGGUGGGCUUGACCGACUACAUGGUGGUAAUGUAUGCCAUUACUCUGCUAGAAAAGAUUGUACCCGUGUCUGACGAACAUGUCGAGGUGACAAAGGAAAGGUUUGAUGGAGUGGAGGUGGUGCUGUACCAGCCAAAGCUCCGAGGCGGUGACACUGAUCUAAGGAGAGCCGUCRUUUACCUGCAUGGUGGAGGAUGGUGCCUGGGGAGUGCCAUGAUGAGCCCAUAUGAUCUCCUGGCAAGAAAAAUUGUCACUGAACUAAACGCAGUAGUUCUGUCUGUAGAGUACCGCCUUGCCCCCGCUUACCACUUCCCUGUCCCGUAUGAGGACGUUUAUCGUGUGGUCAAACAUUUUCUCCAGAAGGGGGUGCUGGCCCAGUACUCAGUGGACCCAGAGCGGGUUGCCGUGUCGGGGGAUAGUGCUGGAGGGAACCUUGCAGCUGCUGUCUCCCAGCAGUUGCAGAAAGAGCCAGAACAGCAGAUUAAGCUGAAGGUUCAAGCGCUCCUCUACCCCGUCCUGCAGGCUCUGGACCUCAACACGCCGUCAUAUCGGCAGAAUCAAGACAUGCCCAUUCUGCCACGCACCCUCAUGGUUCGGUUCUGGAGCGAGUAUUUCACCAGAGACAAGGCCCUGUUCAGAGCCAUGAUGGCCAACACCCACAACARCCUCGAGUCUUCCAGGCUGUUCAAGUUUGUCGACUGGAGCACCUUUUUACCAGAAACGUACCAUAAAGAAUACAACUACAGUGCUCCUUCAGUGGCACAGGCAGCCGGAGGGGAGGCAGCGGAGACGGAUGGACCUUCUCGGUCUUUCGCUGACCCGAGGGCAUCCCCGCUGUUAGUUCCUGAUGCAGAUUUAUUCCCUCUACCCAAGGCCUACAUUCUGACUUGCGAGUAUGAUGUUCUCAGAGAUGACGGGAUCAUGUACGUCACACGGCUCCGCGCCGCUGGAGUCGACGUGACGCACGAACACUACAACGGUGGAUUUCACGGAGCUUUGAUGUUCACCGUUUGGCCAACCGAGUUUCUGAUUGCUCGCCGCAUGACGGACAACUACAUCAAGUGGCUCAAAGAAAACUUGUAAAAUAUCUCAACUGUCUUACUAUUCCAGUUUUCCCACACAGUGGCGCUGAUGUUAGAUUGUGUGCAAAUUUAUCCUUGUGUUAAACGUUUUGUGAUGUUUGUCUUUGUUUGUGCUCAUUUUUGUAUAUAAAUACAUUCAACUUCCCUAAAUACAAUCAAAAAUCAGGCUUUUAAAUAUUAUCAAUUUCUCUUAUUAGCUUGCAUGAGCAAACAGCACUACAGUUUUCAUCAUCAAACUAUGCGUUUACAGCGUUAAUGUCAAAAACAAACUGUAGGCGAUUGCAAUAGUAGUAAAAAUAAAAUGAUGUUUAGCAAGUUGGCUUGUGCUGUGCAUUGCUUCCCAAACAGGAACUGCUAGUUGAGCUAGUAUUUAUUGCAUCAUUUUUGGCACCAACGUGAUGUGAAAUUACCCCUUCAAGGAUUUCAGUGAUUUAUCAUAAGUCUUUGUGAAGCAUGGAAGGAUUUUUGCAACAAUAUUUUGAAAAAAAAAUAUAUAUAUAUUUUGGACAGAGUACACAUCAUGGCUUCCCUSUAGCUAAAACCUGUGAUUGUUUGGAUAAGUUUACUGCAAAUCAGUCAUGCUUUCUAAUUCCAAAUCAAAGAUUGACAGCUGGAAGCAAUAUUUGAUGAGAAAACUUUGCCUUUUAAUCAUGACAAAUGAAGUGAAAUUUCAUUAAAUACAUUCCAACACAAUAGUCCCAAUGGAAAAACAYAGACCAUGCAUGUUGUUAAAGUUAGAUGUGUGUAAUGUUAUAUGCGUUAAAGAAAGGUUUAGUUUCUAAAGAGUUUGGUUAAAAAAGCUUUGGAGCCUUAUUGUUACAGGACAUCAAAACUCAAUACAGUUUAAGUGUUAAGGUUAACCUCUUCCUUUGCUCAAGUAUAGAUUUUUAUAAUACAGCACAACUGGCUUUAAAUAUGUUGAUCCCCAGGAAUUACCCUUAUUUAAAGAAAAAAUAAAUAUGAGAUGGCUUAGUUAGUUUUUAGCUUCAUGCUUAUUUGACAGCCCUUUAAAACACUUUUUAAUAUUUUGUUUUUAAUUAUUCAUGUGAAAGUUCACAAAUGUUUUACAGCAUGAAUAUUUUGGUUGAACACUUCCACAUUCGCAGUUGUCAGUGACUGUUUUGUUUUGGUCUAUUGGAUGAAAAAUGUUUGCGUCAUUUUCAGAUUUUAUGUUACAUGACAAUAAAAUGGUUGAUUGUA